GACUCUGCAGCCAUGGCCGCCGCCGUCCGCGCCCGAGUCGCGCACUUGCUGAGGCAACUGCAGCGCGCAUCAUGCCAGUGCCCAACCCAUUCUCAUACUUACUCCCAAGCUCCUGGACUUUCAUCUUCUGGGAAAACAACAGAAUAUGCCUUUGAGAUGGCUGUUUCAAAUAUUAGAUAUGGAGCAGGAGUAACAAAGGAAGUGGGCAUGGACCUACAAAACAUGGGUGCUAAAAAUGUUUGUUUGAUGACAGACAAGAACCUCUCCCAGCUCUCUCCGGUACAAAUAGUUAUGGAUUCCCUAGUGAAGAAUGGCAUAAACUUUAAGGUUUAUGAUAAUGUGAGGGUGGAACCCACUGAUAAAAGCUUCAUGGAGGCUAUUGAGUUUGCCAAAAAGGGAGAUUUUGACGCCUAUGUUGCUGUGGGUGGCGGCUCCACCAUGGACACAUGUAAAGCUGCUAAUCUGUAUGCAUCCAGCCCUCACUCUGAUUUCCUAGAUUAUGUCAAUGCCCCCAUUGGGAAGGGAAAGCCUGUGUCUGUGCCUCUUAAGCCUCUGAUUGCAGUCCCAACCACCUCAGGAACUGGGAGUGAGACUACUGGAGUUGCCAUUUUUGACUAUGAACACUUGAAAGUAAAAACUGGCAUUGCUUCCCGAGCCAUUAAACCCACGCUGGGACUGGUUGAUCCUCUGCAUACACUGCACAUGCCUGACCGGGUGGUUGCCAACAGUGGCUUCGAUGUGCUCUGCCAUGCCCUGGAGUCCUACACUGCCCUUCCUUACCACCUGCGAAGCCCGUGUCCUUCAAAUCCCAUCAGUCGGCCAGCCUACCAGGGCAGCAACCCAAUCAGCGACAUUUGGGCAGUUCAUGCACUGCGGAUCGUGGCAAAGUAUCUGAAGAGGGCUGUCAGAAAUCCUGAUGAUCUUGAGGCAAGGUCUAAUAUGCACUUGGCAAGCGCUUUUGCUGGCAUUGGCUUUGGAAAUGCUGGUGUUCAUCUGUGCCAUGGAAUGUCCUACCCAAUAUCUGGCUUAGUGAAGACAUAUAAAGCAAAGGAUUAUAAUGUGGAUCACCCACUAGUGCCUCAUGGCCUUUCUGUGGUGCUCACCUCUCCAGCGGUGUUCACUUUCACGGCACAAAUGGCUCCUGAACGGCACCUGGAAACAGCAGAAAUACUAGGAGCUGAUACCCGCACUGCCAGGAUCUCAGAUGCUGGACCUGUUUUGGCAGACACACUCCGGAAAUUGUUAUUCGAUCUGGAUGUUGAUGAUGGCCUAUCUGCCAUUGGUUACUGCAAGUCUGAUAUCCCCGCACUAGUAAAAGGAACACUGCCCCAGGAAAGAGUCACCAAGCUUGCACCACGCCCUCAGUCAGAAGAGGAUCUGUCUGCUCUAUUUGAAGCAUCAAUGAAGCUAUACUAAUUUUCAUCUCUUCACUGAAAGAAUGACCAAAAGCAAUGCAGUUCUGAAAACAGAAGUUGAUCUAGCCAGAGUUUUAUCUGUUCAACACCACACAUAAUUUACCUGUUACUAGUUUGAAUGUGAUAUAAAUUUAUGCUGCAAAAGAUCUCUCCUGUUAGUCAAACUACUUCCACAAAACAGACUGGACAAAUGUCCAUUAUGUCAGAUCCUAUGGCAGACUUCAGGGGUCCAUGUUCCUGCCCCAAAACCCACCACUGCACCCUCACUCCAUAGAUGUGAAGCUAUCAAAAAUGUCCAUAAUGUUGAUGUACUUAUCCUAUACCAGUUGACCCCAUGUUUAGAAAUGUAUCCUAUAGAAAUGCUAUCAUAAGUAUGUAAAGAAAUAUGGCAGGGAUGUUUCUGGUAGCACUUACUCAGUAAUAAAAAUAUUUGAAAGGACUUUAAUAUUCAUUAAAAGUAUAUAGAUAAAUAACUCAUAUUAAUAACUUAAAUAAUGAAAUGCUAUAUCACUAUCAAUAAGAGAUAUACUGUUAAGUUGGAGAAAGGUAAGUUGCAAAGCAAUUAUAUAUUAGUGUGGUCUGACUUUUAGCUUUUAAAUUAUAUAUAUAUAUAUAAAAAACAAUGAUACACAUCAAAAUAUUAGAAGUUAUCAUUAAAGAAAUGGAAUUGGAGGUAUAGAAAUUAAGAGAAAAUGUUGAUUUUCUACUUUGACUUUUUAUCUUACAAACAUCUGUAUUGGUCGGCUUUAGUACAACAGCAUAUAUUAUCUCAUUUUAUAAAAGGUCAAGAAAAGAAAGAAAAAUAUCGUAUUAGGUCAGAUUCAUCUUAUUUUAUAAAAAUAUUAGCAACUAAUAUUUAACAAGGAAAAAUAAAUCCCAAAGAAUAAAAUAUUAGAAACCAAUCAUCCGAUGAAUAAAUUUUUAAUAAAAACACUAACAUCCUGAUGGUAAUUUCCUCUUUGGAAAAAAUAGUUCUAGUGCUCAGAAUAAAUCAGUUUCUAAAGCUAGCAGAUGUCACCCUUCCAGUAGGAUCAUCUGACUUCCCAGCCCACUACUGCAAAAUCUUCUACAACUCAAUCUUCUACAACUCAUUUUUCCUCACAAAGGUUACCCACUGUUUGUCUGCUCAAGUUUUGGUAAUCUAGAUCUCAGUGCACUUGAGGAUUGAUUCAUGUAUUAAGUUAAAUUGAAGUUGUAAUCAAAUAAGUAAUGUGUAGAUAAUAACAUCAGGAUUUUUAAAAAUGGGUGAGAAGUCCAUUACUGUGGCAUUCAAAUUUCCCACUUUAUCUGGAAAGGUCCUUAUUUCCUUGAGAUGUAAAAAUAGCACUUGUAUAUUUAUUGGGAGUUUUCUCUGACUAUAAAUGUAAAAUAUGUUAAGUACCAAAAGCUGGCAAUACAAAGAUAAACACAACAGGAAGUAUUUGUUCAUAUCACACCACCUAAAAGACAGUCACUGUUCAAAAUUUAGUAUAUGUUCUCCCAGUAAUGGGGGGUGUGUAUGUGUGUGUGUGUAUUCUUUUUUGCUUAAAAAUAGUAUCAUUAAAGAA